AUGGCAUUGAAACUCAGAGCAUCUUCUGACGCUCACUCAGCUGAACUCCCAUCUCCUGCCAACAUGACCUACAGCUGCUGUUCUGGAAACGUCGCCUCCCAGUCCCUUGGGGGCUACCUGCGCUACCCAAGCUCCUCCUGUGGCUCUUCUUCCCCCAGCAACCUGGUCUACCGUACUGACCUCUGCUCUCCCAGCCCCUGCCAGCUGGGCUCCUCCCUCUACAGCGGCUGUCAGGAGACCUCCUGUGAGCCCACCAGCUGCCAGACGUCCUGCGUGGUGUCCAGCCCCUGCCAGACGUCCUGCUCCCGCCCGAGGACCUCCACGUUCUGCGGUCCCUUCCAGACGACUUAUUCUGGGUCUGUGGGCUGUGGGUCCAGAAGCUGCUACUUUCUGGGCUGUGGAUCCAGUGGCUUCAAACCCCUGGGUUAUGGAGUCUGUGGUUUCCCUUCCCUGAGCUAUGGAUCCAGUUUCUGCCGCCCAACCUACCUCUCCUCCAGGAGCUGUCAGUCAUCAUGUUACAGGCCAACCUAUAGAUCGGCCUUCUGUAGAUCAACUUAUUGA